AUGCGUCUCACUGUGGGGACAUGGCAUCUGGGAUGUAUCGUGUCGGCCGUCGCGACCAUCUUCAUUGGUGACUUGCUUGGACGACGACGCACACUCAUCAUUGGCCUUACAUUCUGGGUCAUUGGCGAGAUCAUCCAAACUUCCUCUUAUAGCUUCCCGCAAUUCAUUGCUGGUCGAGCGAUCGCAGGUUUUGGCAACGGCUUUACUACCUCAACCGCCCCAGCCUACCAAGCAGAAUGCGUCAAAUCGCACCGCAAAGGAACAAUACUUAUGAUCAGCGCCGGGGCCUUCGUUUCCGCCGGCAUCGCCCUCUCGUACUGGUUCGUCUUCGGCUGUGCCUACAUAAGCGAUUCCUCCGCAUCGUGGCGCAUACCCAUUGCCCUGCAGAUUGUAUUUGCGCUACCUGCCAUCUUCAUGCUCAACGUGCUUCCCGAGUCUCCACGUUGGCUGAUUCUGACCGGCCGCGAACAAGAAGCACUCACGGUACUUGCGGCUCUCAACGAUGACGAGCCUGAUAGCUUCGAGACGAAAGACGAGUUCCUACAGAUCAAGGACGCGAUUUUGAUCAUGGCACAGGGCUCGGGCGCAAGCAUGUUCUCGAACAAGGAACGGAGAGGCUUCCAUCGUGUUGUCUUGGCAUAUUUCGUUCAGGUUUUUCAGCAGGGCACUGGGAUCAAUUUGGUCUUGCAGUAUCUUUCCUGGAUCUUCCUUACUCGCAUGUCGUUUGACGGAUGGCUGGCUAGACUACUUGCAUCCUGCUCAGCUACCGUCUACUUUCUUGCUUCCUUCAUCGUUGUAGUGGGUAUUGACCGCUUCUGGGGUCGACGCUCCUUGAUGAUGUUCGGUGCGACGGGCAUGUGCGCUUGCAUGAUUCUUGUCACCGUUCUGCAGUACCUCUGGUCCGAGCACGGCAGCCAGGCUGGAAGAAUUGCGAGUACAGUUUUUCUCUUCAUCUUUUCUGUAUUUUUCGCCAUCGGAUGGCAGGGCAUGGCUUGGCUAUACCAAGUCGAAAUCGUACCUCUUCGGAUCCGUGGCCCUGCGAACGGGCUGUCGACUAGUGCUAACUGGCUGCUUAACUUUGUAGUUGUUUUCAUCACCCCAAUUGCGUUCCAGCGCAUCGCAUACCGCACAUGGAUCAUCCUCGCCGCUACAAACUUUGCCAUUGUUCCGCUUGUCUACUUCUUCUACCCCGAAACUGCAUUCCGAUCCCUGGAAGAAGUUGAUGUGAUAUUCCAACUCGCAGACGAUGCGCCAGGAAACCCCUGGCUUACAGCCGUCAAGAUCUCCAAGAGUGAACCCCUCUGCGCUCCUCCUCCCGUAGUGCCGUUACAACGAUCGCGCCCACCAUCUCACCACCGAACACGCAGCACGAGCCAAGGCAGUAUCCACUCCGUCCGACCAGAAUGGUGGACAGAGAACCUUGCACCAGUGCCGAUCAACGCUCGUAGUAGAUCAAACAGCCAAGUCGGCAGCGUCAGCAUAGUGGAAAAUCCUAUCAACCAGCCCCACGUCCGCCGCGCCUCCUCCCGCAUAUCCCUACAAAGCAGGAGCGCCAAUGUCUCAAACAAUGCUCUAAACCGCUUCAUCAACCCCGAUCUUCUCGCCGACGCCGAAGACGACUACGAUCAACCAUAUCGCAGAUCAGCAUCUUCGCAUGUCCAGCCCCAGCUUCUCCACCAUUUCCCUUCUUCAUCGUCGUACAACGACCCACACCACAGCCGUCGCUCUGACGUUGAUUUCUUCAUCGAUAUUAAUAACGAAAGGGAUACGACUAAGUAG